AUGGUACAAAGAAUCAGAAGAGCUCCAACGGCCUGUUCCUGGUGUCAUCGUCGAAAGGUGCGCUGCGAUGCCUUGAUUUUUGGCUCUCCGUGUACUCGCUGCCGGCAAGACGGUCGCCGGGAAUGUGUGCUUCGAGCUAAAAAUCCUAAACCGACCCUGAGCUCGGCGGAUCAGGUGCCACCCAUACGCCAACCCCCAGACUCAAAUGACGCGACUGGGAACCGACAUAACUUGGGCCAGUUAGGCAGUCAUCAUUCAGUUACCUCACGCCCCCGGACACAAAUUGGUAGCUGGGAUCGCCUGGCUAGCAGUACAUUAUCACAUCUUGCCAAUGUUUUAUAUACAGAAUACCUCUUCGUCGAUUCCCAACAAUUGCAAGAUCUCCCUUCAGAAGACCUCACAUUCCUUGAAUCCAAAGACUGCUUGAGCUUGCCGGGACCCGACGCGAUCGAUGAGUUCAUCCGAAAAUACUUUAGGUGCAUUCAUCCAAUAGUGCCUAUCCUCGAUGAGGUUGAGGUCUGGCGCAUCUAUCGAGACAACCAAUCCGCUGGUCCCAAGAUAUCCCUUUUUGUGUUGCAAGCAUUGCUUUUCGCGAGCUGUACGCUUGUAUCCGUAGAAACAUUACGCCAAUGCGGAUUUAAAGAUCAGAGGGAUGCAGGCAAUCAAUUGUACACACGCGCCAAGAUGCUAUUCGAGUUCAAAACAGAAAGGCAAUUCCACGCAAAUGCACAAGGCGCCAUUUUGCUUACACACUACGCAUCUGGCCAAGAUCCACAGGCCGGAAGCUUCUGGCUUAGAAGGGCUAUACAACAGGCGAGGUUGAUCGAUGCUGAAUCUUCCGUGACGCAGGAGAAUGUCUCAGUAUCUCUUAAAAAACGACUAUGGUGGUCAAUCCUCCUUCGCGACCGAAGUCUUUCCAUCGGGCUGCGUCGACGUCCUCAGAUCACCUCAAUCAACUUCCAUGGAUGGAGUGACCACUUGAGCGCAGAGGACUUCUACAAAGAGUUGCGUCAAUCCCCGGUGUACGACUAUAAUACUAAAACGCGACUAUUGGCCACUCUCCAGAACCAAUGCCAGCUGGCAGUGGUAGUCACAGACCUUGUGUCAUUGAUUUUCAAUCUGCGAAGGACAGCAAGACGAUACUUGUCCAUGAUUGAAUAUCAGGCCCUGUUGGCGAGGAUGAAAAAUAUCACGAAGUCACUUGACGAAUGGAAGCAAUCGUCUCAUCCUUUAGUUCCACCCACCGAUACUUCACGAUCCGAAGGAGCUGAUGUCAUUGCGAGGUUGAUGUACAUGACAUAUAUGUUUUACUAUGCAGCACGCAUGAGUCUAGCACAAUAUGCCGCGUUUGUGCUGGAGGAAAACAUGUUCUAUGCUGGAGACACCUAUAACACCUUACUUUUGGAUAUCAGCAAUGACCUGCGAGAGUCGAUUGACGGGUUGAGUCUCGUAAUGGAGCAUUUCAGCGUCAACGCAUACACUGAUGGUCUUCCAUUGAGCGUACUGGUAUAUCUCAGCAUGCCGCUCGUCCUCGCAGCAAUCGACUUCAAACUGUCACCUUCUCGCAAGGAGAUGGAGAUAAGACAAAAGCGGCUAAACUCGCUAAGUCAAAUCGUCCGUCACUCAGAGGCACUCUACGAUGUCACUGAUUGUGUGGCUAUCAACACCAACCAUGUCUUGCAGCUUGCCUACAAAACGACACAGAAUUUAUUCUUGAAUAGGAAAAGACCACGAUCCCUUUUUCCAGAGAGCCCAGUGGGGGAUACCGCUUUAUCUAGCACACAACCCCAGGCUCAUACUCCAGAUGGAUCGAUCUCUUUCAAAUUCGACCAGCCGACCAACUGGCAAGAUGCAUUCAUUCAGUGUCCAAGGGCCUAUCUUUUGAUAUCAACAUCGGUUGACUACAACUUAUCAAUCGGCAGACUACCGUCUGCCAGUUGCAUUCCUGAUAUCAUCCGCGACCUACCAUGCAUAGGUGCUAUUGGUCGUCUUCCCUGGACAUCUGAAAUCGUAUCUUUUGACUAUGGGAACGGGUUUUUACACGAAGCGCAACAACCGAACUACCCCACUAGUGGAAGAUAUUUCUCUGACAAUAGCAGCAAUUCAGUGGACGUUAUAACGAUAGAGAGUGACUCAGAGCAAAGUCAUUCCCAGCAGCAGGAUGACCCGCUGCCAGAACCAUUCCCUGAAUAUUCUACAAUUCCACCUUUGACGGUGGGCGACCAGCUGCGAAAUAUGAACACAAUCACGGAAAACCAGUUCCAAGAUACUGCACCGAAUUUGGACUUCAUGGAUUUUGAACAUAGCCAAAACAUACCUAACCAUGUGACGGAAUCUUUAACUUUUACUAUUCCAUUGGGACUCACGGGCCUUGGCUCACAGACAGAGAUUCCGCUGGAGCAAACGGUCUUUGAAGACUACGAUGCAAGUACCACACUGGCUUCGCCAACUCCUCAAGCAAGCAAGGCGAUUGACUCGCUCCUUUUUGACACUUUCUUCCAAGAAGGAUUUGAACAAGGCUGGAUCGUUUCUUAG